AUGACUCAUCCUAGUCAUAUUGUCCAAGUCUCAAAUCAAGACAUCGACGCCAAAGCACCAUCCUUUGAGAUCAACUCUCCCAAGGAUGAACCGACUGAUCUGGUAGAACCCCAAGAUACCAGCAGAAAUAUCGGCAUCUGGGAAGCCCUCACCCGUCGCAACAAACCCGCCGACCUCGACGCCAUCGCCACCGAGCGAAGUGUCUUUGACGAUCCCCACCUGGCACAGUUCUAUCAGCCGCCGCCAGAGUAUGAGAACGUCCAUCGCUUCGACCCAAGCGAACGAUGGACUUAUCGCGAAGAAUACGCUGUCCGACGUAAGACCGACUUGAAGAUCUUUGUGUGGAUCCUCGUCAUGUUCUUUGGUCUUAAUAUCGAUCGCGGUAAUCUUGGCAACGCUGCGGCUGAUAACCUACUUGACGAUCUUAAACUCAAUACCAACGACUUCAACAAUGCGCAGAACAUGUACCGCAUUGGAUUUCUCAUUGCCGAACUUCCUUCGCAAAUGAUCGGCAAGCGUCUUGGCCCUGAUCGCUGGAUCCCUGUUCAGAUCAUCCUCUGGAGUUUAGCGUCGGGCGGACAAUUCUUCAUGCACAACCGUGCAGGUUUCUUUGCAUGCCGUUUCUUCAUAGGCUUGUUUAUGGGCGGUUUUAUCCCAGACUCGAUCCUCUAUCUCUCUUAUUUCUAUAAAAAGACCGAGAUGCCUAUACGUCUUGCCCUCUUCUGGUUCGUCGACUCCAUGUCUGGUGUCGUUGCCUCCUUCAUGGCAUACGGCAUCCUCCACAUGCGCGGUGUCGCUGGUAGAGAAGGCUGGCGUUGGCUGUUCCUCUUGGAAGCUUUGAUUAGUCUGGUAGUUGGCGUUUUCAGUUUUCUCUUCCUUGUUCCUGGACCUACGCAGACCAAGACGUGGUGGAAUCCCUCGGGCUACUUUACCGAGCGCGAGGAGAAGAUCAUUGUCAAUCGUGUCCUUCGCGAUGAUCCGUCCAAGAGUGGUAUGCAUAACCGUGAACCGAUCACGUUGGGGAUGCUUUGGAAGAGUCUCAAAGAUUAUGACCUUUGGCCUGUGUAUGCUAUUGGCAUACUGUUCGAGAUUCCUACCGCACCUCCUAAAACUUACCUUACAUUGUCGCUUCGAGCUCUGGGCUUUAGCACGUUCAACACUACACUUUUGGCGAUCCCUGCUACGGUCUUUGCUGCCAUCAACAUGCUCUGGAUCACCUUUCUUACCGAGAAGUUCCACCAAAUCGCGCUGUUUGGUCUACUCACCCAACUCUGGGUCCUUCCAUUGCUCAUUGUCGAAUAUACCUCGGUCCAGAGUUUAUCGCAUUGGGCCCAGUACGCUGUGGCAUUCCUGAUUAUCGGCCAACCCUCCGUCCAUGCAGCUCAGGUUGGUUGGUGCUCCAGACUGUCCGGCUCAGUCCGAACCCGAGCCAUUAGUGCGGCUUUGUAUAACAUCACCAUCCAGUUGUCAGGUAUUGCGUCGUCCAACAUUUAUCGUGAGGAUGAUAAGCCGCUCUAUCAUCGUGGAAACAAGAACUUGAUUGGUAUUACCGUGGGAACCAUCUUUGCAUAUGCUUUUGCCAAAGGGUAUUAUACCUAUCGGAAUAAGUCUAAGAGGGCCAAGUGGGAUAGUAUGACUGCGCACGAAAAGGCGAACUAUCUGAACAAUACUAGCGACCAAGGCAACAAACGCUUGGACUUUUUCUUUGAUAGCUAG